AUGGAUCUCAGUGAGAAUUAUAAAGACUUGUGGUCUGCGCGUUUUGCAAAGAUUGUCCGCAAACAUAACUUGACUGCUAAAUCCCAGGUUGACUGGGGUGUGCUGACCACAGCAUUUUUCGAACAUUUAUCCAAAAACCAAUCGGCAACCCCUUCAGAAGCAUCAUCAACAAAAAAUACCACCACCACCAAUAAUACCACCCCGAAACUAAAAGAAGGCGACUAUAAGAAGUUUGACGCGAUGUACCAAAGUCUCAAUCGCAACACCUUUUGGACACUUAGUACUGGGACGGUGGUGGAAGAUAAAGUUAAGGAGCUUGCCAUGAAACUGUCCAACGAACACCCUAGUCAUUCAAUGAUUUUAGACACUUCUGAUCCAGUCUGGCUCGAGUAUUUCACUAAGAGUGAAUUGAAAGAAAUAGAGGAUGAAAAAAAAGUAACACUCUCAGAAUUACCUAAAAGCAUGCAAACAUAUUUGGAUUGCUACAACGGCUUGAAAACAUUGGAUGAACUCUGGAACGAACAUACGAAACAUAGCCUCCACCCAAUUCGUGAUGCAGACCUUUACUGGGUUCAUUCAUCAGUGAGGAAUGUGUUGGAGAUCUUGAUGCAUGGCCUGCACAAAAAAUCGGAGAAUAUGUCUCUAAAGCCUCUUCAACCCGAGUUAAUCUCGAUCGCUCCCUUGCUGCAUUAUCCAGACGAAAAAUCGGUACAAAAACCGACAUUCUUUUCACCACGGAAUAUUUGUUAUUCGGCACUGUGGAAGCAGGAAAAAUAUCCGAUGUCAACAGCACAAAAACACUAUAUGAAGCAGGCAUGA